AGGGAGGGAGAUCCAACGCGAUCCAGCCUCGGUCUCCGCUGCCUCGGCCUCGCGCCUCGCCGGAGCAGCUCCGCCGUCGACUGAAGUCCCGCAGGUCGACGUGUUCCCCCGCUCUUCUUCCUCCCUCAGUUUGUGUCUCCCUUUUUUUCUCUCAAGUCUCAAUCCCCUUUGUACUUCUCUGUGCAAGGAGGCCGCCAUGGACGCCUGAGAUCCUCUGCUCCGACCCACAACCCGGCGGCCUUGCCGACGUCGUCGCCCUGGUGAGCCGCAACCUCGAUGGAGGUCCGGCUUCGGAUCCGAGCCGCAGGCACCCACCCGUCGUUUUCGUGCUUCCGCUCCUGCUCCGUCGUUGUCACGCGACCAUCUUGACUCCCUCCCGCAUGCACGAGCAGCAGGAAGAUGCGGUUCUUCGUCAAGACCUCAUAGGGUCAUGAGGGAAGAUAUACCAUAUAUAUUCACUCCUCAAGGGAAGCUGGAACCUGCAAAACGCAAGAAAGGGUUGUUGUGUGUUGCGUCCUCGCCAUGUCUGGACAUCAAGGUUGGGCAGACCUACCAGAUGUCCUGCUUCAUUCGAUUGUUGCUCUGCUGGGCUCCUUCUCUGACCUUCUUGCCUUCGCGGAUGAGCACCAGAUCGGCGUCGACGUGUGUGCCCGCAAGGUCGUGGGUUGCGAGGUCUAUGAGCUGGUUGAGCCACCGCGCGAAGACAUCACUUCCCGCUUCGUUCACGCUUGGCCGCUGCCACCGGCUCUCUGCUCAGCUGCAAGACAGAGACACGCCACCAUGCGAUGAUUCUUCUUCCACUCGCAGGCCUCCCACUCCAGUAACUCUUUUUCUGCUCCAGCAUAGCAUAGCUGGUGAUUUGUUUCUUGGAAUUUGGAAGAGGAAGACGAUGAAGCGUGGUGGUUAUCUAUCAAUAUGCCUUGUGUUCUGGUUGUACUUCAUAGCUAGUUUCAUUGUAUUUUGUACUGGUCUGGUUGUAUGAACAGUAUGUAAAGAUUGUAAUAGGCUACACUUAUUGGUCUGGUUGUAUUUUGUACUGGUCUGGUUGUACUGGUAUGGUCAUUUCAAGUAUAUAGUUUUGUUUCAUUUGAAAUAUUUGUCAUGAAAUAGUUCUGUUUCUUUGUACUGUGAAAAUGUGAGAAAUAAAAGUUGAUGAG